AUGGAGUCCAGAGGUAGGCAUUCUGCUUCAACUUCUUCCCGGCUUCUCAGCACCCCACAAAGAUUCUUUCCGACAUUCUUUGUCGAUCACCCGAAAUGUGAUUCCGACAAGAAGGAUGAACCUCGUACCUCGACCCCGCCCUCCUCUUCAACUGCUCAUGAAUCGCUUGGCAAUUUGGGUAGUCCAAUAGUGAGCGAUUCUCACAUGAAUGAGACCUACAUCGAAGAACACACGAUAGAUCUCGACGUAUCAUUUGAUAAACCUUCCGAUCGGAACGUUGGUAAUUCAUCGAAAGUGCUGCAAGAUAAACGAUCGCAAGGAGGGGUAACGAAAACGAUCACGCCAUUUGAUGACGAUGAGGAUGAACCUGAUAAUUCGAUGCCUCGACGAGAUUCGUUGGAGAACAAGUCUGGAUCUGAGAAAAAGGAGAAGAUAAGGAAAAAACUACCGAACAUGGAAUCCAUACUGGGUACGUCUACAGAAUCCGACGGUGCCGGUGGUGAAUAUCGCAGGCCGAAACCUCCUCAACCAAAGCAUGCACCACUACUUCACAAAUUUUCAUCAUCUGAUGAAGAAAUCGUGCAAGCUCGUUUCGAUGACGACGAUGAACCGCCUGUUCCACCUCGACGAAGGAGCUAUUUCGAUGAAAUAGUGGCUGAAAGAAACGAGAAACCUUCGCAAUCUGAAAUGGAUACCGCCUGGAAACGACCGAAUCAUCCAGAUCACAACGAAACCGUUCACAGUACGAUGAGCUCACCUCCUGGCACAUCACAGGCUGAAGGUAAGGGGGAGUAA